AUGGAUGUGGCUGAGCUAAAGCAAAAAGCACAGAAUCUGCUGAUGGAUAUCAAAAUUAACGUUGAACAUCUGGUUGUGUUUGCCAAUACGGCGAAUAACAUUGUUCCUCUUGAACAGAUCACGGGUUCGCUCUGGCACUGCGAGAAUCUGGUGGAGGAAAUCUUGGAGAACGACCACUCGGAUGUAGAGCAAGAGGAUCCACAAGUACCAGCUGUUCUUCCUCCUUAG